GGUAACUACCAUCCUCCAGUUUUAUGGGAUCAAUGGAGAGAGAUAUGGAACAAUGCAGAACUCGAAAACAUACAGUAGUGUUAGUUCCGCCGCCCCUUCAGGGGCACAUGACUCCAAUGCUUCAGCUGGGGAGUAUUCUUUACUCUAAAGGGUUCUCAAUUGUAGUUGCACACUCCGAAUUCAGACCACCCGAUCCUCUAAACCAUCCUGGAUUCAUCUUUCACGCCUUGUCGGACAAUCUAUCUGGCUAUCAGGCCUCUAUCAACAAUUUACUGGAUCUCAUAUCCGCUAUCAACAGCAACUGCAGAGCACCUCUGCAGGACUACAUGGUUCAACUCAUGGAAGAUCAGAAGCUGCAGGGCUACCAGGUUUCUUGUAUGAUAUAUGAUGCACUCUUGUUCUUUGUUGAUUCGGUCUCUACUCAUCUAAAGAUUCCAAGCAUUAUUUUAAGGCCUAAUAUGGCUGCUUACAUGCUAUCUUGUCACUGCAUCUGUCAACUUCAAGCAGAAAAUCGUAUUCCUUUUCCAGAGUCCAGGCUGCAGGAACCUGUGCCAGAGCUCCAUCCUUUGAGGUUUAAGGAUUUACCCUAUCCAAUUACUAAUGCAAUCCCAGAAUGGCUUAUGGAUUUCAACGCUUCCUCAAUCAACAUACGCUCUUCUGUGGCCACCAUUUGGAAUACAACAGAUUGUCUUGAGCAUUCAACCUUAUCACGGCUUCAGCAAUGUGACAAAGUUCCAUGCUUCCCAAUUGGGCCUCUCCACAAGUUGGAGGCUGCAGCCACAGCUACUAGUUUCCUGGAAGAGGAUCAGAGUUGCAUUUCUUGGCUCGAAAGGCAACCUCCAAAUUCAGUGAUCUAUAUAAGCUUGGGCAGCAUCGCGUGCAUAAAUGAACAAGAGCUAACAGAAACAGCUUGGGGACUGGCAAACAGUGGCAUUCCAUUUAUAUGGGUUCUUAGGUCAGAUUCUAUAGAUGGAUCUCAGUUGGAUGAUCACUUUCCUGAGGGCAGUUUCAAAUCUUUACUAGGAGAAAGAGGCCUAAUAUUCAAAUGGGCACCUCAGAAAAAAGUUUUGGCACAUAGGGCCGUGGGGGGAUUUUGGAGCCACUGCGGCUGGAAUUCAACAAUAGAAAGCAUCUGCGAAGGCGUUCCAAUGAUUUGCAGACCACAUUUUGCUGACCAAAUUGUAAAUGCAAGAUACUUGACUUAUGAAUGGAAGGUAGGCCUGGAAAUUGAGAACGUGGUGGAUAGAGGGAGCAUUGAGAAAUCUAUAAGACGACUAAUGGUUGAGGUAGAAGGCAAAGAAAUGAGGCAAAGAAUGUUAAUUAUGAAAGAUAAACUAGAAGCGGGUUUGCAGAAAGGUGGUUCUUCGUAUGAGUCCUUAAAUGACUUGACAGAGUUCAUCACCUCAGUCUCGUCAGCAGCAGGGCAAUGACAAGGUCAAGCCGAUGUUCCAGCAACCAUAUCAAAUCAUACUACUUAUGUAUGCUCAUGGAUUUCACAUUUCCACUUUUGAAUAAAAAAUAUGAUCUCAAUAGGGAGGUAUAAAGAUUUGGAAGUUACAACCUUGAGCUGCUGUUCCCAGAAGUCCUCAGAGUACUUAUCACUACCUAAGACUGACAAGUCCACAAAAGAGAACGAAUAAAACAGAACAGAAAAAAGCAUCAAAGAGAAAAAUCUGGAUCUCUGCAGCCAUAGCAUGUUGAAGUUAAUAGGCGGAGAAUUUUGUGGGAUUGAAUAUUCAUAUGGUUCUUAUUCUUUUUCAGGAAAGUGACUUGCAUGCAUAGCAAAUUCCCAGGUAAAAACCUUCUAGCAUUGACAUAGUACUGUCUAAAACGCAAAGGGACAAUUCAUCUAGAUACUGUUUCAGUACUAGUAUUUUGUUGGCACAAAUUCUUGAGGAUAAUCCAUAUGCAAAGUUUUUUAAAAUUUUAGGAUCAUGUCAAAUUUAGAGGAUCAAAGUUUUAUUCUCAAUCUUAAGAUCCAGUCUAUUGUUAAGGUUGUCAUGUUCAAGUAUACAUUUAAUCUGAUAUUA